AUGCUGGGUAGCGUGGGGGGUCGGCACGUGUCUACGCGCCGCAGGGGCAGCAGCCCCAUGGUGCGUGCUGGUGCGGGCCUCGUGGUUGCUAAUUCGCUGGGCGACAAUGACACGCCGCUUGGCUCGUCGCCGAGAUACGCACGCAGAAGAACCGCCGUCACUACCAGCGACCACAAGAACUGCGCCCUCGUGCAAACCAGACUCAAGCUCGGCGACAUCAUGUUGGCAGCGCAAGAGGCGGCACAAAGGGACUCUGCGUAUACAAGUCAGUACAGGAGGCGGCAGAGGGCGAUCGGUCUGAGCGGUCUCGGUGACUGGGCCGGCGCUGGAGGGGAGGUAACAGGUCUAGGAGGAAUGGCGCCGGGCCGGGAUCAGGGUGGCUCGGGGGACGGGGGCGGCAAGGGCCCCUCGUCCCUGUUCAUCCUGAGCGAGGACAACUGCAUUAGGAAACACACGCGCUUCAUAAUCGAAUGGCCGCCCUUCGAGUACGCCGUCCUCCUGACCAUCAUCGCCAAUUGCGUGGUACUGGCCCUCGAGGAACAUCUGCCGUGCCACGACAAGACCAUCCUCGCCAAAAAGCUGGAGACCACGGAGAUCUACUUCCUCGGCAUAUUCUGCGUCGAGGCCAGCCUUAAGAUCUUGGCGCUCGGCUUCGUGCUCCAUCGUGGCUCCUAUCUGCGCAACGUCUGGAACAUCAUGGAUUUCUUCGUAGUCGUCACCGGGUUCAUCACGGCGUUCCCGCAAGGCAUUAAUCUGGAUAUGGAUCUGCGCACUUUACGUGCGAUACGCGUGUUACGGCCGCUCAAACUUGUCUCCGGCAUACCAAGUCUGCAGGUGGUGCUCAAGUCGAUCAUCAAGGCGAUGGCCCCGCUCUUGCAGAUCGGCUUGCUCGUCUUGUUUGCCAUCGUCAUAUUCGCCAUCAUCGGACUCGAGUUUUAUUCGGGGACUCUCCAUAAGACCUGUUACAGCAUCGAAAACGCAAUGCAGAUCGUGAAAGAGGGCGAGCAACCAAAUCCAUGCAACACAGACAUCCAGGACGAGGCGCCGGCGGGUGCGCACGUAUGCAACGCUAACACCUCGAAGUGCUCUGAUCGCUGGGAGGGACCAAACAACGGCAUCACCAGCUUCGACAACAUUGGCUUCGCCAUGCUCACCGUCUUCCAGUGCAUCACCAUGGAGGGCUGGACUGCCAUAUUGUACUGGACGAAUGACGCUCUCGGUAGUACGUUCAACUGGAUAUACUUUAUACCGCUGAUCGUCAUCGGAUCAUUCUUCAUGCUGAAUCUAGUUCUCGGUGUGUUGAGCGGAGAAUUCGCGAAGGAGAGGGAGAAGGUGGAGAACCGGCAGACUUUUCUCAAGAUGCGCAGGCACCAGCAGCUCGAGCGCGAGCUCAACGGCUACGUCGAGUGGAUCUGCAAAGCAGAGGAAGUCAUACUCGCCGAGGAACGAACGACAGAGGAGGAGAAAAUGCACAUCAUUGAAGCGAGAAGGAGAGCAGCGGCCAAAAAGAAAAGGCUGAAAAACUUGGGCAAAAGCAAAAGCACGGACACAGAGGAGGAGGACGCCGAAGAUGAACAGGAAGAUGGACUCGGCAGAGCUUCGUAUCUCAAAUCAAAGGUGAAAAAUCAAGGAGCCUGCGCGGAAUUCUGGCGCAACGAGAAGAGGUUCCGUUUCUGGAUAAGGAAAACGGUGAAGACUCAAUGGUUCUACUGGUUCGUGAUCGUCCUCGUGUUCUUCAACACUGUGACCGUGGCCGUCGAACACUACGGCCAGCCCCAAUGGCUCACAGACUUUCUUUUUUACACCGAGUUUAUAUUUUUGGGGCUGUUCAUGUGCGAGAUGGUGAUCAAGAUGUAUGCUCUGGGGCCACGCAUCUACUUCGAGUCGAGCUUCAAUCGCUUCGAUUGCGUGGUGAUAUCAGGCUCGAUAUUCGAGGUGAUUUGGUCGGCAUUAAAAUCCGGCUCGUUCGGCCUUUCCGUCCUACGUGCCCUCAGACUCUUGAGGAUCUUCAAAGUAACCAAAUAUUGGUCGAGUCUACGUAAUCUCGUCAUCUCACUGCUCAACUCGAUGCGCAGCAUCAUUUCCCUCCUCUUCCUGCUCUUCCUCUUCAUUCUUAUAUUCGCCCUACUCGGCAUGCAGCUGUUCGGCGGUCAAUUCAACUUCGACAGCGGCACGCCACCCACCAACUUCAACACCUUUCCCAUCGCACUUCUCACUGUCUUCCAAAUAUUGACUGGCGAAGAUUGGAACGAGGUCAUGUACCAAGGCAUCCAGUCCCAGGGUGGGCACAAGAAAGGCAUGAUCUACUCCUUGUACUUCAUAGUCCUGGUGCUCUUUGGCAAUUACACACUGCUAAACGUAUUCUUGGCUAUCGCCGUGGACAAUCUCGCGAACGCGCAAGAGUUGACAGCGGCCGAAGAGGAGCAGGAGGAAGAAGACAAGGAGAAGCAACAGCUCGAGCUCGAGAAGGAGAUGGAGUCGUUGCAGAAGCCAAGCGAUGGUAGCGGGCCCAAAGUGGAAAUCAGUCCUCCAAGUCCAACGUCUAAUUUCAAAGAUGGGAAAGGCGGCAAGCAGGCGUCAGAAGAGAAGAAGCAGGAGGAAGAAGACGAUUCGGGACCAAAACCAAUGCUGCCGUAUUCCUCUAUGUUUAUACUGUCCCCGACGAACCCGGUGAGGAGAGGCGCUCACUGGGUGGUGAACCUGCGCUACUUUGAUACCUUCAUAAUGGUGGUGAUCACGCUGUCGAGUAUAGCGCUGGCCGCCGAGGAUCCGGUCUACGACAAGAACCCGCGCAAUACGAUACUCAACUACUUCGACUACGCGUUCACCGGCGUUUUCACCAUCGAGAUGAUCCUCAAGAUCGUCGAUCUCGGCGUGAUACUCCAUCCGGGCUCGUAUCUGCGCGAGUUCUGGAACUUCAUGGACGCGAUAGUGGUGGUGUGCGCGGCAGUGUCGUUCGCGUUCGACAUGAUGGCCGGCGAGGACGGCGGUGGUGCCGCGAGCAAAAAUCUGUCGACCAUCAAGUCGCUUCGUGUGCUUCGGGUGCUCAGGCCCCUCAAGACUAUUAAGCGAGUGCCCAAGCUCAAGGCGGUCUUCGACUGCGUGGUCAACAGCUUGAAGAACGUCAUCAACAUUCUCAUCGUGUACAUCCUCUUUCAAUUCAUCUUCGCUGUGAUCGCGGUACAGCUGUUUAACGGCAAGUUCUUUCAUUGCACGGACGAGAGCAAGUACACCAAGCCGACAUGCCAGGGCUAUUUUUUCAUAUUCGAGGAGGGCGAGCUGCACCCGCAGGCCAAAGAGCGCGUCUGGGAGUCGCAGCCGUUUCACUACGACAACGUCAUGAUCGCGAUGCUGACGCUAUUCGCUGUGCAGACGGGCGAGGGAUGGCCGCAGAUCCUGCAAAACUCCAUGGCCGCCACUUACGAGAACCAGGGUCCCAUACAAAAUUUUCGCAUCGAAAUGUCUAUAUUCUACAUUGUCUACUUCAUCGUCUUUCCAUUCUUCUUCGUCAACAUCUUCGUGGCCUUGAUUAUCAUUACGUUUCAAGAGCAAGGCGAAGCCGAGCUCCAGGACGGGGAAAUUGAUAAGAAUCAGAAAUCUUGUAUAGACUUUACGAUACAGGCUAGACCGCUCGAAAGGUAUAUGCCGAAAGAGCGUAACAGCAUGAAGUUCAAAAUAUGGAAGAUAGUCAUGUCAACGCCAUUCGAGUACUUCAUUAUGAUUCUUAUCGUACUUAAUACACUUUUACUCAUGAUGAAGUACCACCGGCAGAGCGAUGUCUACAAGAAUACACUUAAGUACAUGAACAUGUGCUUCACCGGGAUGUUCACCAUCGAGUGCAUUAUGAAGAUCGCCGCGUUUGGCGUCAGGAACUUCUUCAAGGAUCCUUGGAAUACGUUCGACUUCAUCACGGUCAUCGGUAGCAUCGUGGAUGCGCUAGUCGUCGAAUUCGGGGAUGCCAUCGCGCGUUUAUUUCAAGCCGGGGCAAAGAAGAGGGAGAACUUCAUCAAUGUCGGCUUCCUUCGGCUUUUUCGUGCAGCUCGUCUCAUCAAACUACUGCGGCAAGGCUAUACCAUACGAAUAUUACUUUGGACAUUCGUUCAGUCAUUUAAAGCUUUACCUUACGUAUGUUUACUUAUAGCCAUGCUCUUUUUCAUCUACGCUAUAAUCGGCAUGCAGGUGUUCGGUAACAUCGACCUACAAGAGAAAAACGCGAUCAACAAGCACAAUAAUUUUCAGAGUUUCAUUCAAGGUCUGAUGUUACUAUUUCGAUGCGCGACGGGCGAGGCAUGGCCGAACAUCAUGCUGGCGUGUGUGGCAGAAUCAUCGUGCGAUCCUCGUUCGAAGGAGACGGGAAACAAAUGCGGCUCGAACCUCGCCUACGCCUACUUUGUCAGUUUCAUCUUCUUCUGUUCGUUCCUCAUGCUGAAUCUCUUCGUCGCUGUCAUUAUGGACAAUUUCGAUUACUUGACCCGUGACUCUUCUAUUCUUGGUGCUCAUCAUCUCGACGAGUACGUCAGGAUAUGGGCCGAAUACGAUCCAAACGCUACGGGCAAAAUAGCAGUGGAAGAAAUGUUUGAUAUGCUGAAAAAUAUGGAUCCGCCGCUGGGUUUUGGUCAAAAAUGUCCCUCAAGGCUAGCGUACAAAAAACUUAUUAGAAUGAACAUGCCAAUGGACGAGGAAGGAAAAGUCCAAUUCACCACAACUCUGUUUGCAUUGAUCAGGGAAAAUCUUAGCAUUAAAAUGAGAAGUGCCGACGAAAUGGACCAAGCGGACGAGGAACUAAGGGAAACUAUUAAAGCUAUUUGGCCUAUCCAAGCCAAAAAGAUGUUAGAACUUCUAGUGCCGAGGGCAGAAGAAAUAAGAAAAAAUAACAGACUAACAGUUGGUAAGAUUUUCGCCGGCAAGUUGAUACAAGAAAGCUGGAAGUCCACAAGGUUUGGCCAGAGAGAAUCUACCCAGAACGAUAAACUCGAUCUUAUCGAUAAUGAAAAUGCUGGGCAAAGUGCCGAGGCCCAGGCGGUAAUGGAUCUACAAGACGUGGUGAUAAGCGAUUCACGAGCUGGUAGCCUAGAGAGCCUCACGCAUCCCGGAGACAGGCUUCAUCCACAUCAUCCCGCGCAUGCUGGCAGGCAUUCAAGGUCGCCAAGUUUGAGAUCAAUGCUCAGAUCACCAUCGCCAAGGCAACGAGGUUACGAUCAUCGAGGUCAAUACCACGACGGUCUGGGUUUUAGCGACACGGUCAACAACGUGGUCGAGAUUCAGAGGCACGUGCACCCCGGAGCUCAGUAUCCUUAUAAACGAAAAACUCGAGAUUAUUACGACCACUACGACUAUUACGACGAUGGUCCAUGGAGCGCCUCGACGUCACCAGCGCGGUCGCCUUCACCGGUGCAUCGUAUAGACCACGCGGAUUAUCGAGGUCACCGUUACGGUACCACCUCGCUGGACCAGCGCUCGCGGUCGCCCUCGCCGAUGACCGGCAGACGCAGCGGCGUCGGACCCCACCACCACCACUACCACCACCAACCGCACCAGCACAGCUACCCGGUGUUGGUCACCCGGCGGCAGGGCUACGGCAGGCGGCUGCCGCCCACGCCGAACAAGCCGUCGACGCUGCAGCUGAAGGCGCCGGCGAACAUCAACUUUCCGAAGCUAAACGCUUCGCCGACCCACGGGCCCGGCGCCGCGGCGGCGGCGGCGGCGGCGGCCGGCCAGCUGCCACCGUCGAGCAACGGACUCGGCGGCGCCCCGGGCAGCCAGGCGCUCGUCGGCGCGCCCGGCAGCGUGCUCCCGCUCAGCUUCGAGCAGGCCGUCGCCAUGGGACGGGGAGGCAGGCUGCUGCCAAGCCCCGUGCCGAACGGCUACAAGCCCCAGGCGAAACAGCGAGCGCCGCGCUCCAGGCACUCGGACAGCGACGACGACGACUGGUGCUAGCCCCGGUGGCGGCCGGCACCUCACUGCCAUCGGCGAGAGGCGGCAACCGACGACCGCACCACGGAGUCAUCCUCCACCUCGUCAUCGUCUCUUUCGCUCUGAGCGGUCCUCGUUGGCGCCCUGCCUCGCUGCUGCGCCAGCGAGCCUCGUCCCCAACGCCCGCACGAACACCCUCUCAUCUCUUUCGCCGCGCUCCGCGGCAAGCGCGUCGACGAACUAUAGCUGUGACCAGCUACGAGUACGAAUGUGUUACGAGUGCGAGAGAGCGACAGAGUAAGCGUUGUAUAAUCGACGAAACAAACAAUGAUAAUAUAUCUUCGACGAGUUCUUUUUUCUAUUAAACGGAGCGGGACUAUUUGAACUAAUCCUCAUAGAGAUUUUAUCACUUGCACGACCGAUUGUACAUACACCCAAGCCAAAGAUUAAGCCACAAGUAACAAACCAAAAUCGAGGUAGUUCUUUUUUUUUAUUGAAUAAGGUGUAAACGAACAAACGGGAACGUUAUUAUACCGAUAUCGACGUCGUAUAUAUGUGGAUUACAUAUACAUAUUUAGCGAGGCUCCUCGGCCUCUUCUUAUUGUAAAACAUGGACGCAUCGUCGAAGAUUUUUCAUAUUUUUUCCAGUUUUCGCUGAAUGAUUUAUCGAGAAAACAGCAACAAACAUACACGAUUACACGUGGGCCACAUCUUUCAAACACACACACGUACUCGGACACACUCAACCUUUUUAUACCGAUUAUAAAAAUUAUAUAAUGAUAUAAUGAAAGAACAGAAAAAAAACAAGAAUUAAAAUAAUACCGCAAAAAAACUUAUUUACUGAAAGAAAGUAAACACGAGUCGGGGAUGCGUCUCUGGUUAGCUUUUUAGGAGCCUAGUACGACUGCAAAUGUUAGAAUUGCAUUUUUCUCGCGUUCCUUCCGAACUGCCAAAAUUAUCAAACGUAUAUAAAUAGAAGAUGCGAGAGUUAUUAUCUGUGAGAAAGCGCGAGUAUACGAGAAUAAGUCCACUACAAGUAUAAAUGACUCAAAAAAGUAUACAUUACUUCAAUAGUACGAACGAGAGGAAAAAAAUAAAAAUGAAAAAAAAUAAAUAAAUAAAAGAAUCGAGCCUUUGAACGGACAUUAAUCGGACUGAUACAUUAAGGCAGCGCCGUGAAAGUCUGAGAAACACAUAUACACUCCUCAUCAGCACGUGACUAUGAAAUCACGUUUAAUAGAGUGUAGAGUCAUUUAAUAGGAGGUCGAUUUCGCGAUUUUCUUGCAGAACAAAAAAAUGGAAGAAAGAGAGAAGUGUUGAAGAAAUGGAAAUCGGCGCGACUGUUAUUUGAGCGGCCAGAAUCGUGGUGAAUGGUUUAGCCUGAUUGCGUACGAAAUUUGUAUAAAUAAUGCCACCACGUGUGAAUAGUCACGAUUCCUUUACUACGGUUCUCGGCUCGCUGAAAAUUCAGAUAAAUUACUCUGUACGUGGACAGUGGUAAGGGAUACCAAUUUUAUUGUUAUGCUUAUUAAAUAUUAUCGAGAAAACAAAUUCAAUAUUACAAAUGAGAAAGAGAAGAGCAUUGUAAUUAUUGCGAAAAAAGAUUGCAAAACGAAAAUGUUAUCCCAAGUAAUUGUGAGGAUUUUAGAAAUUUAACGAUGUUUAUUUUAUCUGUCGAUCAGUAUAUUUUUUUCUGGAAAUGUUCGUUUUUGUUUAAAUGUGAUCAAGUAAAAAAAUUAUAUUACGUCAAGUUUUUAAUGUUAUAUUUAAUUGCGUGCAGUGCAUCGCCAAGACAUAUAGUAUAUAACAAUCAUAAUGAGUCUGUUUUGUUUUACCUUUGUGCAUCUAUAGAUAUUUUAUAAAUUGUUUGUUCAUUAAUACCAUUGAUAGGGCAUAUUAUUAUUUUAGAAUAGAGAGCAUUAUUCUGAAAAGUAUUAAAACGAAUAUGUUUAUUUUAUAGCACUGUUUUGUGCAAAAAGCGAAAUAGAAAGUGUAGCGCCAAAAUAAAAAAUACAUAAAAUAAGUUAUUAAAAAUAUGAAUUCAAAUACAUUACAUAACUGCCAAUGUGUAUUAAGUGUUUGAAUAAUAAAAAAAGAAAACAAGUAAAUAAUGAAGGACAAAGCGACAAGAGGUACGAUUACAAAAAAAUAUAAGUAACUACAUAGAAUCGUGGUAUAUGAAACUUGUAUUAAUAAAGUAUAAUAUAACUUGCUGGCAAAAAAAGUGAAUUAUAUGUUAUUCGUGAAUAAUAACAAAGCAAAUAUUAUUAAUAUUAUUCGUGGGUAGUGUUUCUCAAGAUAUCGUAGAAGAUCGAAAUAUUAGAGCUUAAAUAUUCGCUUCCUUCUCCAACUUUUUAUCGUAUAUUACCUUUGAUGAUAUCGUUCUUUUUCUUUUUUUUUUGUAUUUACUUGUCUUGCAUAUCUUGAAGUAAUUCUAUAAUUGUUUUUUAGGUAACAAUCUAUUUAACGUAGAAUAUUUAUUAUUCGCGCGUUGACUCACACAAAAACGAUGGUUGUGCAAAUUCGUAAAAUUACAAAUGCGUUCGAAAAGAUGAAAGAAAAAAGAAAUAUCAAAACAAAAACGAAUAUAAGUCGUUGCAAAAAAGAAAAAAAAAACGAAGUGAAUUCGCAUGACAAUGAGAAUCAGACGCAACCAAACAAAGCCUCGAUAGAAUUUUUGCGUCUUUAUUGAUCAGGAUCGCGUGGUUUCUUCCCUUAAGUGCUUUAUAAAACAAAAAAAAAGAACUCAUUCGUAUGUAUCUCGUACAUCGUUUGCGUUAUAAUAGAUACUCUAUCCGCGACGAAGCGCGCGCUCGCACUUGACAACUGGCGAGCACAUUCCGUAAAUUGACACGUGAUCGUAAGAGUUUAAGAAAAUAUAAAAGUAUAUAUAAAAAAAGUUAUAAGACAGUAGUAGGCUUAAUCGUAUUAUCAUAUAAUAUUUUUCUGUGAUAAAUCCGAUUGAUUAUAAUAAAUAAACGAGAAAAAAAGAAGAGAUAUGGAAACGAGAGCUAUGAAGAAGCUUAGUGGUCUGCGUUUAUAAAUAUUGCAACCCUGAUAUGCGUUUAUCAUAUAUAAUAUAUAUGAUUAACAUGUACGCGUCACACAAAAACCUACGUUACAUCACAUACAAGUGCGGGAGUAUGUGUGCAAGACGACCGAACGUUGCUACAAGAUUCAUUCGUUACACGUAAUUAAAAUAUACAUAAAUAUAUAUUUAUCGAUGCCGCGUAUGUCGAGCUACGAAUUAAACAGACUCGAGUAUACAUAUAUGCGUUAAUUGUAGUCUUAGUGAUGACUUCGCGUAGCCAAUCUUUCAUUUUUAAAUUUCUAGGCUUAUAAUCUUUUGAAAUUUUAAAAUCAUGUGUGACCAACAUUUCCAACGGCGCUGUUAACGGAGAAAGCAUUGAUGUCCUUCAUUCGUCUGUUAAUUAAAUGAUAGACUACAGAUACAACAGAAAAAUAUAAAGACUCUCGUAAGUAAUUUUAAUAAUUAACAAUGUCAUGCUAAGAAAACAACUUAACGAGAAAGAGUGUGUGAUUUUAAUAUUUCAGUAGUUUUUUUUUGCGCGAAUGAAAAGAUUUAUGAAAAAAUCUGACAAAUAAUUUGAACUACCGGAAAAAUGUCUUGUUAUGAAAUCGAAAUAUAAUUAUUGGUUAUUAUUAAAGUAUAAAAACUAAGUUGAAAAUUCAAAAGUUUAUGAAAUAAGUAUAAUCUAUAGUUAAAUUUAGAUGUACAACUGAAUAUUUAAGAGUCAUUCGAAACAAGAAAAUACUUGAAAUGGAAAUGUAAAUACAGUGAUUAGUUAUAAAUCUCAUGGAUACUCAAACUCGCCAAUUUCAGAAAUAAAUUACCUGGUAGAUUUUCGGGGUUUUAGUUUAGAUCUUCAUUGCCCGUAUAAAUAAAUAAACGAAAGAUAAAGCAUACGAAGAUAAAUAUAAUUAUAUGUUGUACCGAAAUUUAAAUGUAUAAAAAGUAUGUCAUAAACAAAGUUUCCACGUAAAAUGCAGAGUGUAUGAAUAUUGCGAUUACAAGAUUUUUCUACUUAUCUAUACAUACAUAUUUCUCAUUCAUUAUAAACAAUUACACGGAUUACAUGAUUUAUGCCUAAUUUUUCUCAAUUCACUUGCGUUGGGAUUUUCUUCAAAAUUUCAUGAAAAUUUAUACGAUUGCUUUACGAAUUGUCCAAUCGAAUCGAGAAAAACUACGGCAAUGAUACGAUUAUUUAGCUUGCAUUGAACUAUAAAUGAUUACACAACGUCCACGAAUGAGUGUGAUAUUUAUCGCAUGUGACUCUAGCGAAGUGAUUCAGAACGAAAUUCCCAUUAUUACACGACAAAAUUCAAGUGAAAUCUAUUUAUUAACGACUAAUUACAAACAUAAAAAUACUUCAACAGGAUGAGAUUAAAUAACCCCAUCGAUGAUAAAAGAAUUUAAGAAAAAAAUAAAUAUAAAUAAUAAAUACGAAUGACAAAAAAUAUAUAUAUAUAUAUUCCCUAAGACAUUAGACCUCCGGAGCUGGCGACACAGCUCUACUAGAGUUUCAUACUUUUGCAAAUAAUAAUCGAACUCGUAGACACUUUGAUAUAAUCUCUAAACUUAAUUACAAAAUAAUCCGAAUGAUGGAAAUUAAUGUUUUUUAUUAAGAUGCAAAAAAACCAAGUUUUAUCGGUGUUCUUUUUGGAUGAAUCGAAUGGGACUGGCAUAAAUGUGUCUGAAUAAAUCUUAAUUCUAGCAUUUAAGAAAUAAGAGUGCGAGAGAUGAAUAAUAAAAGAAUCCAGUUUUAAGUAGCUUGUGUGCAAUGUUUGAAAAAACAGCGAGGAUUGGAUAUGUAUCUAGAUAGAUAGUCUUGUUAAACCUUUUUCGCUUAUAUUGUUUAAAUACAUACAAUAAAACAAAAACCUUGCUUUAUUUCAUUCAUUUCAAAGAAAUUAAUUUUCUUUGUGACUUUCCUUACACGUUGAUUUCUUUCCUUACCUAAGUAUUAUUUUCAUUUCAAAUCUUCCUUAAUCAAGCGAAAAGGUUCUUUCAGCAUGAUAAUGUACUUGCAACACAACGAAAACGCUGGUUAUGCUCGCAAUAUUUUUGGCCGAACACGAACGUCUACUUUGUUUAUUUUUUUUAUUGUCUGCUGCGAGAGUCUGACAUAUUACGUUGUAGUAGGCGCGCACACACACAUACGCGCGCGCACACGCACACACACGCACACAUAAAACUGACUGUCGGACGGGAUUACAUCGGAGACUCUCGAAUUGCAUAAAUAUUUAACAUAGAAAAACCGUGUUUGUGCGAAAAAUGAAAUAAAAUAACGAUUAGAGUUUAAUAAAAAAAAAAAUAAAACCAAAAAUGUGUAUCAAAAUUGAAAAGUGUGCGAGUGAGAAGCUAAGAGGCAAGCUGCUCGGGAAGUUUCGAGCUGUCAUAAAUCAUCGAUCACGUAAAAUAGGGAUGUAAUACUUGUAAGAAUAAGAAAAAAAAAUGGAUCUGUCUUUCAUCUCUCUUCGUAGAGAGUGUCAUAGUAAACGUAAAUUUUAUUAAUCUUCUUACCUUUUAAAAUAAAACAAAUAUAAUAAACGGAACGAAAUGAUUAAUAACAUCAGUUUCCGGGCAGUCUACCGUCUAGCCUCUCGUCACUGUGUAAACUUACUGUAUAUUACCUAAGCUCUAUGUACAUACUUAUUCACGAAAUUCGUCCUUUUCUUUGUCCACACACACACACACACACACACACACACACACACACACACACACACACACACACACACACACACACACACACACACACACACACACACACACACACACACACACACACACACACACAACCAACCAACCACAGGAAACUUACACGUGUAUGUGUGUGUGUGUGUGUGUCUUUUAUUUAUAUAUAUAUAAGAUGAAAAAACCAAUGAAAAAGAGUCUACCUUUAUAUAUACUAUACGUAUACGUACAUUAUAACGAGAGUAAUUUGUGAAUUAUACUUGAGAGGCGAAUCGGAUUAAAUGUGUAUGUGCGCGAAAUCGAGAGAAAAAAAUACUAUCGACGAUAUCGAAAAAAAAUUUCGCAUACUAUGUAACGUCAAACGAAUAAAAACAAAACGAAGCGCGACGUCAUUGACGCUCCGUUACGCGAGCGAACACAAGAGAACAAAAACAACGUAUUCAUUGUUUAUCAGAUCUUUUUUCACAGAUAACGUUCAAUAUUCAAAUCAAGGAUUACUUACAUAUUGAGACUGGAGCGCAUUGACGUCGCGCCGUCGGUUCUCGAGCUUCUCCCCCGCCCCCCCGCUCGUCAAAUCGGUUACGUUCGUCUUAUAUAUACAUGUGCGACUGCGAAUCUAUAGGGAGAAAUUAUUACUCUGAACAUAUGAUGAAUUAAGACACACUUGCGCACGUAAUGCAUGCAAUGUGUGCAAAUUUUUAGUUCGAGUAAUAGUCCUUUUUUCAUUUUUGAAGUGGACGAGACGACAAGAUACAAAGCCAAGCUACGAUACGAGUAACAACGUAAUUUUUCAUAUUGUGUUAUAUUGUCCUUGGAUUGCGAGAGCGUCACGAUUUUCUGGAGAGGAAUUCGAUCGCCGAUUCUUGUUUGCAAAAUUCGACUGCAGAUAUAUACGUUCUGAUACGUGUGUGUGGUGACCGAGAUGCAUUAUCAAUAAAUAAUCAUUUAUUACGCUAUAAGCGAUACACAAUACCUAUGCUAUACAUACAUACAUACAUAUACAUAUAUAUGUGCGUGUGUGUGUAUAUAUAUAUACAUAUAUAUAAAAGAAUGUUAUAAAUACAAACCUAGUUAAUUGCAAACCUAGUAUGUAUUGCCGCUUCAACAAUGCCCAAACAUUACUCGCAUAAUUCAAAACAAACAAACAAUUUCAAGUUAAUUCUUUUUUAAGAAGACAA